CUUAGCAUAAGCGUUUGUGUUGCCGGUUGAUGGUGCGCGUGCAGCAUUCAGCGAGCACCUGCUCGAGAAAGCUUGCGGUACGUUAGUUCAUUCAUUUGGUGCAGCCAAAGGGAAGCUGUGCCUCCCUCUGAAAUGCGCGCUCUGGCUUUUUGGGUGUUAAAUUGUAAUUAAUUAAUUUGGUUAAUUUUCAGUUUUAAUUAUCGUUCCUCUGUGUUAUUGUGAAUCCGUCCCAUGUUGACGAAGUGCGUCAGUGCGCGCACGCUGAAUGCAGUCGGCCGCUGCGGCUCCACGGCCGAAACGACGCCGCUCCACGUGAACUGGAAACGAAGCGAAAACUACUAGACAACCAAUUCUGAAGGAAUUCCACUAUCAUGGAGUCCGAGGACGGAUUAAAGACCGAGUACUGUCCUUCGGUUUUGAAGUAUCCAUCCGUUCCGAAUUCGCAGCUCGACUUAAACAUUUACGAGACUGUUAGUGAGGGCAAUAUGAGUAAAAUGGACGGACCGGGUGAGGUGCGCGGCGGCAGCGACCCGAGCGCCUACCCCCCGCUGUCGAGCUACCGGCGCGCCCCUCGCCAGCGCUUCAUCCGGAGGAGUUUGUGGUUUGCGGAUAACGACGAUCAAGCGCACGAUGCGCCCGAAUGCGACACUCAGAGUGACAUGCCAAGCAUUUGCCUGCGAACCUUCGUGGACCGAACCAGGACCAAAGCUGCGUGCAAAGGCUUGAGUCAGGCGGGACAAAAGGAUAGCGCCACGGAAAGCGUGAGCGCGGUUGACGACAAGGACAGAAUCGGCUCCAAAGUGAGUGAUGAUACGGACGGAUACAAAAGCACCGUAAAGGCAUCAAGCGAGGAUAACGAGGAGGAGGCCGGAAUGAAGGCCAUCGCAACAUCUCCCAGUGGCCGCUUUCUUAAAUUUGACAUCGAGCUUGGCAGAGGCUCGUUUAAGACCGUCUACAAAGGAUUGGACACUGAGACCUGGGUGGAAGUGGCGUGGUGCGAGCUUCAGGACCGGAAGCUGACCAAGGUGGAAAGGCAACGCUUUAAAGAGGAGGCUGAAAUGUUAAAGGGUCUGCAGCAUCCAAACAUUGUGCGCUUCUAUGACUUUUGGGAGUCUCCCCUCAAAGGCAAAAAAUGCAUUGUGCUGGUGACGGAACUCAUGACCUCAGGGACCCUAAAAACCUAUCUGAGGCGCUUCAAGGUGAUGAAGCCCAAAGUGUUACGCAGUUGGUGCCGGCAGAUCCUGAAGGGCCUCCACUUUCUACACACACGCACUCCUCCUAUUAUCCACCGGGACCUGAAGUGUGACAAUAUUUUCAUCACAGGUCCAACUGGCAGUGUGAAAAUUGGAGACCUGGGCCUGGCCACCCUCAAGAGAGCAUCUUUUGCUAAAAGUGUUAUUGGCACCCCAGAGUUUAUGGCCCCAGAGAUGUAUGAAGAGCACUAUGAUGAAUCAGUGGAUGUGUAUGCUUUUGGCAUGUGCAUGCUGGAGAUGGCUACAUCAGAAUACCCCUACUCCGAGUGCCAGAAUGCUGCCCAGAUCUACCGCAAAGUCACUAGUGGGGUUAAGCCUGCAAGCUAUAACAAGGUCAUGGACCCAGAGGUCAAGGAGAUUAUUGGCGAGUGUAUCUGCCAAAAUAAGGAGGAGCGGUACUCCAUAAAGGACCUGAUGAAUCAUGCCUUUUUUGCGGAGGACACAGGAGUGCGAGUUGAGCUAGCUGAGGAAGAUGAUGGUAGAAAGGCCUCUAUUGCACUUAAGCUGUGGGUAGAAGACCCACGCAAGCUGAAGGGCAAGUACAAGGAUGGUGGUGCCAUCGAGUUCACCUUUGACCUGGAGAAGGAGGUCCCAGAGGCUGUGGCUCAGGAGAUGGUUGAAUCAGGUUUCUUCCAUGACAGCGAUGCAAAGAUAGUGGGCAAGUCUAUCCGAGAUCGGGUGGCGUUAAUAAAGUGGAGGCGUGAGCGGACUGUGUCAUCAGACAAACAAUGUGGUACAGGACAGACCACACAACCUCAGAUGACCCCUGGCACUGUGCUCUCUGUGGCCGAGUCUGGUCAACCUGAGCCUGAAGAGACAGAAGCAGAUCAACACUCCUGCCUGGGCCAAAUGAGCGUCAGCACUACCUCUGCUACAUAUGACAGUGGUGUUGGCUCUACUGUAUACUCAGACUCCCACAGCAGCUUGCACAGUGUCAUUUACCAGUCUCUGCAGGAAACUGUUUCCACAGCAACACAGCAGUCUAGUUCUUUGGGUCUUCAGAGCCAGCCCGCAUCAGCUUUUGCCCUGCAGGUUCCUGGCCAUGUGCUGCAGCCCUCACAGAACUACGUGUCCACUGUCUCCACCUCUGUACCUGUGCCACCCAUCUACAUGCCUAGCCAGCCUGUGCAGCCUCAGAGCUACCCUUCUGUGCCCCCUACAGCACAACAGCAGGCCACAAUGACCCAACUGUUACAGCAUACACAUACACAAGGCAUACCAGCUGCACCCCAGGUGGCGAAUGUACAGAGUUGCUCACUUGCAGGACAGUCUGGGCAAGCAAAUGCCACUAUACAAAGUUACAAUCCUGCGGGCCAGCAAGUUGCAAGCUCGCAAACAUUACCUCCUUUGCAGCAAACUGCAGCUGCUCAGACAUUGCAGCAUUUGCAGCAAGUAGUAGAUGCAGCUACGGUAAUAUUACCCCCUGUACAACAAGCUGCAGGUGGAGCGAAUGUCCAAAAUCUCCCAGACUCACAGGACAGCGGCCAGCCUGCCUCAACGUACAUACCAGUGCAAUAUAGCUCUGCAGUUCAGAGCUUUGAGGAAAAUGUACCACUACAGCUAAGUAUGCAGUCUAUCCAGACUGCAGCUUCUAGCCUGCAACACGGCUUGACUGCAGCCCCACCCAUGCAGCAACAAGCUGCUCAGCAGACAGGGCAAACUUCCCUACACCCAGGCUUUCACACAACUGGUGCAGCAUCAGCAGGAAUAGCAGAAUUGAAUGAAUCUGCUCGUCAGACUGCAUCUUUGCAGGCGGGAGUUCCUGCAGAUGCUCUGUUAAGUCACAUGGCAGCUGAAAUACCUGCUCAGUUGGGCCUUCCAGCUCAGCAAUCAUUGGUUUCCGAUGCUGCUUCCCAACAACUGCAACCACCCCAGACUUCCUUGUCUCAGACACCUCAUAUUACACAGUUAUCCUCAUCGAACCCCGCCUAUUCUGUUGGGACUCCUCAUUCUGGACAAGACACCUAUUCAUCAUCCUUUCUCUCCUCCACACAGUCAUCGCUUGCUCCGCUAAAUCUUUCUGCUGGCCAACCUGCACCUGCCCCUCCCUUGGUCUCAACAGGGCUCUGCUCACAGAUGGAGAGUGCUGUGCCAACUCCUUACUCAGUCAUGCCCUCUGCUUCCUCAGUACCAACACAGUGUCCACAACAAGCUUGUGUGGCUCCCAUAGUGAACACAAUGCAUUGCUACCAACAGGGCUACCCUGUCACUCAUCAAAAUGUAGGCUCCAUGCAAUCUCUUAGCCUAAGUACUCCCCUAGUGCACCCAACUCAAAUUACUUCACCAAGCGCUGCCUCUCUGUAUGUAGGAGCUGCUCCCACCUCUCAGGGUCUUCAUCAGGUAGCCUCCAGCAGCAAUAACCAACCCCAAACUGCCCUUCCAGUUCAGAUGAACUCAUCUGACCCCAACACUGACCCAGCACAUGUGUUCCAACCCAUCGCUGUUCCAGUCCAUUCUGCUCAUACUGCUGUCACUGCAGCCCCAAAUGCCACAACCGUUACUGUACACCAUGCAGAACCUGCUCCUGCUGUCCAGCUGCCUCCUUCUGGAACACAGGGCAUUGUACCAGGUACAGGAAGUACUGUGGAGGCUCUGGAUCUGAACCAGGAACUCCAGACCUCUGCAGGCAGUACUAGAGUGAGUCAGCACAAGCAGCCCAGCAGCAGCAUCACGACUCAGCAGUGCAGUGCCAGUGGAGUCGGGCCAAGUCAAUCAUCCACCGACAUGUUUGCUGAGGACUGUGCAUAUGAUAAGCACCCAACAGUGGCUGGAUCUGCAUAUGACUGUGUGAACUCAGAUGCCACAUCAGGAAAAGAAAUGAGCGACGGAAACGAUGGAACACAUGGUGGGAGGAGUGAGUCAAGGGUCCGUAAACACCACCGCAAAUCCUCGCGCACACGUUGCCGCCCGGAGAAGACUGGCAAGCCCAAACUUAGCAUGCUUAACGUAUGUAACACUGGUGACAAGAUGGUAGAAUGCCAGCUGGAGACUCACAACCACAAGAUGGUCACCUUUAAGUUUGAUCUUGAUGGAGAUGCUCCAGAAGAAAUCGCCACCUACAUGGUUGAGAAUGACUUUAUCCUGCUUCAUGAAAAGGAAAUGUUCAUUGAGCAGUUAAAGGACAUAGUGGAAAAGGCAGAGGACAUCCUUAGUGAAGACACAGAGGGAGAGAAAUGUUCGGGACAAGUGUCGGAGCCAAAUCAGUGCCUCACCGGAGGUUUCGGUUCGGAGGGAGCAAAGCCUCAACAAACACAGUCUAACCAGCUGGUAUACCAACAAAAUGUACUUCACACUGGAAAACGCUGGUUCAUCAUCUGCCCUGUGGCCGAAAUAGUCCCAAAUAACAAUGAAGAUAACAUCACAGCCAAAGAUGCAAACAGCCCUCCUACUACUCAGAUUCAAGAUGGAAGCAUAGCUGGAGAUAGAUCUCUCCAGAGCCAGCCAGCAUCAUCUGACUCUGCUCCUAAUGCCACAGAACACGCCCAGUUAGCCGAUGAUCCUCAGAGCACUCAUUUAGCAGCAGCAGCAGUAUCUAUGGUUACAGACAUACCAUGCUGUCCUAUUGCUCCCCCUAUUUCCCAAGAUACCGAUGUUCAAAAAAAUGUGCCCCCUCACCAACCAGCAUCUCAUGACCCCAGCCCUGUCUUAGAGACACCCCUUACCCAAACCCAACCAGUAGUGCUUCAGCAGUCGUAUUCCUCAGCUGUUCCACCUUCAACACAGUCCCCACCUGAAAGCCCUGCCCACCAAUCACAAGCACCUCUAUCUUCAUCACAAGCGCCUUCUACAUCCGAAUGCACCACGUCACAGACACAAUCAGGGAGUGCACCAGCUGAGUCUGAUGGAGAAGGGCCUCCCAGAUUAGAGUUCAUUGAUAAGACAAUAAAGACGCUCGAUGAAAAGCUCAGGAACCUUUUGUACCAGGAAUACAACCCCUCACAGAACACAAGCUCCACCUCUGAUCCUCCUGGCUCACCUACAGUGUCUGACAGCCAGAGCAGUGAUGGAACACUAAAAAAAGGAGAUGUUCUGCCUCAAAUUCUAGAAAGGAUUGACAGUCUUGGUACCUUGAGUGACUCUCUGGUUGCUCCUUUGAAUAAGCCGCUGACUAGAACCGACUCAGCAGGCAGCUCUGGUGGGCAAAGCACCAUUAAAGGCCGCUUUCAGGUUUCUCCAACGGCACCCGAUGUUGUCCAGGGUUUAGAUCGUAGCAGGAGUCACUGCCUCUGUAGCUCUCCAGCAGCUGUACAUGCUGAUGGCGAUGCUUCGGUGGCCAUGAAUGCUGAAGUUUCAACUACAACCGACAGUGGAGGCCAAACGUCACAGAGGUCCUUUAGCAAUCGUUAUUCAGCACCUCCAAACUUAUAUCAGGAUAUGCUUGCUUCCAGCCUAAAUGCCACACCCUCGAUGUCUCAUGCACAAACCUCCUUGUCGAUGGAUGUAAAAUUGCAGCAUGGGUUUCACCUUUCUUCAGAUUCGGGUGAAGAGGCAGACCACUUGGCUAAACCCCAUGUUUCUUCACAUCCUGCUGCCACCCAAUCAGAGCACAGUGGGAAUGACCUUGUUAAGCGAGCAGUGGCUUUUUUCCGCCGCUCGGGUCGCAGUAGCAGUGUGCAGAGCUCAGAUUCACCGAGCCACCCACCAGUCCUUAAUGGCCAUGCACCUUUUGUUUCCAGCCAUGCUCAAUCCACAUAUGUCAGCAGCGAUAAUGACUCGGAGUUCGAGGAUGCAGACAUGAAGAAAGAGCUGCAGAGACUUCGAGAGAAGCAUAUGAAAGAAAUUUCUGAGCUGCAGGCACAUCAGAGAAAUGAAAUCGAGCAGCUGUACUCGUGGCUCGGACGACCUGUACCUCCAGGCAUGGGCUUCUUGCAUGCAGCACCCCCUACAGGCCGCCGCCGCAGAGCCUCCAAGCACAAACUUAAAGGUGGCAAACUCCUUAAUCCCACGGUGCAACAGCUCAAAAAUACCCGCACCAACAGCCCGGCCGAUUCCUGUUCCAGCAUGCCAAGUUCUCCAGCCAAAAGCUCAGUUCUAGGUAACAGCUCAGUUGCUUCCAGCAUGGCCACGAGUCCAGUGUCUGAACCUCUGCAGCCAGUUCAAACUCAGCAGCCUUGUUCUCUGAAAGUCUCGCUGUCCUCUGACAACAUUUACGGUUCAGCCACACAUGCACUUCCAGGUCAAGGGUCAUCACAGAGUAAUGGCGCCACCCCCGUCGCAUCAGCAUCCAAUCAGCAAUCAGCCUUUUCUCCUGUGGCCAUGCCUGUGCCUGAUCCUCAGCCAUAUGUGACACUAGCUCAAGCUCAGACCAACAACAGCAACAACAAAACAUGCACUUUCACUGAUGACUUGCACAAGCUGGUCGACGACUGGGCGAAGGAGACGCUCACUGCCGGCCCUCAGCCCCGCCCUUCCCUCAACCAAAUCAAGAAGCAGCAGCGAAAUCAGGACUUAAUGCCCACUCCUACUACAAUGAGUGGAGCCACCAAUCAGAUUAAGGUUCAGGUUCGCCCAAGGUCUGUUUCAUUACAGCUGCCUCUUCCGUGCCCUCUGUCAACCACAGUCCCCCCAGCAAUCGGCACUACACCUUCACCUGUUCUCCACCAAGCAGGCUACCUUCCCACUGGCCCCUUUGGAGGAACGGUGCCAAAUUCAGGGUACCCGGCCCAGUGGCCCAGAGUCCCCUCUUCAGUUGGCACAAUGGGGCCAGUCAGCAUGGGCAUGGUACCAUUCCCUACAUUAGUCAAUCCUGCACUGCAAGCCUUUCCCAUGGCAUUGAAUGGCUCACAAAACCCCACAUGCCGUGGCAGUGCCAGGACUGUAUAACAAUGUC